AAAAAUUCCAAAAUAAAACAUAAAUUUAAUGUUGAUAAUGACAAAACAAGUGUUCAAGUGCUGUGCAGCAAAAUGAAAUGUUUCUUAAAGUGUUUAAUGUUAAAUUAAAACCACAAACAGCAAAGCAAAUUGUUUAGAAUGUUCAAAUUAUAAAUAAUGAUUGAUGUGUGUGCGAAAAUUUAUAAAAAAAAGAAAUAUAAUUUGAAAGCUUAAGUGGUUUUUAAAAGAAAAAAAUUAUAAAAAUCUUGAAAAAUAAAAUUUUUUAAAUUGUAAAAAGUGAGAGAAAAAAAUAAGAAUCAUGGAAACUGUAACAGAUAUAAGUGAAUCUAAUUCACCUCCCACACAACUCAUUCUAACAACAACGACUGCUACCAUUACCACAACAACAAAUAACAACAACAACAAUAGUAACAACACUAACAACAAUAAUAACAACAACGAUAAUACAAAUAACAAUAAUAGUAUCAAUAUUGAUACACAAUUGUUACAACGUCAGCAACAACAGCAAUUGCACAGUUUGUAUGCAACAUCAUUGGAUCAAAACGCAAUAUCUAGGACAACAACAAACACAAAUUUUGUUGCAAUACCAUUAUCGGAACGUCCACCUAUAAUUUGUAUAUCGCAACAGCAGCAAAACGGUAACAACAAUCAUCAACACGAGAAUUACUCAAAUACAAGUUUAACACGUUCGAAAUCGUGUCUGGUGCGUUGGCGUCAGUGUUGCUUAAAUUUUUUCACUAAAAUUAUGGGCAGCAACAAUCCCAGCGAAGCUGAUCGAUAUGAAUAUUAUGACUGUCAUAUAAUAAACCGACCAUUAACAGACACGCAAAUAUUUGAAAAAAAAGAAAAACAAAAUUAUAAAAACCCUCCUCCACACAAAACUGAAUUAAAAGAAGCAACAAAAAAAAAAUGCAAUAAAUUUCCAAAAAAGAAAAAAAAAUUAAAAUAAUAAUCAAAGCUACAACAAGCAAUUUAAUGCAUAAUUUAGCAACAAUUAAUUUAUAGUUUAAAUACAAAAUAAAACUGAAAUGAUUAUUAAUUGCUAAUGAAACGUAAUGAAUAUUUACUUAAUGCAAAUAAUAAAUUUGUUAAUUCUUAGUAACAAUUAAUAAAAGAUAGUA